AUGUCUGAAUCUGCAAAAAUCGAUCCAGUCGUUUUCACUGCACUUAAAAAACUUCGUUCAAGUAAUAAAUUUAAACUAGCGGCUUUGACAAAUAAUUUUCUAAUGCCAACAGAUGAUUUAAAAGAAAUCGAAUUAUUGGGUGGUACUAUACCUCAGGAGUUGAAGGGUUUAUUCGAUGAGUUUUUUGAGUCUAGUGUUAUUGGACUGAGUACAAUGUCUGUAACUGUAACUUUACCAGAGGAGAAUAACAAUGAAAAUGAAGAAUAUGACAAACAUUGCCUGCUUUUUCCUACUUAUGCUACCAAGCAUGGUCUCGACAAUGAAGAGUUUAUGGUCAGAGUAAUCGGGAUAACCAAUUCUGAUAAGAUGGCCAUUGAAAGUGAUCCUAAAGGGCCCGAAGAAGAUCCAAAAAAGAUUUUGGACAAUGUGAACGAAAAGAUUAAGGACAAGAUUGAGGAACAACACAAGCACCCUGAUGACAAGAAUCCCUUUGCGAUUUUUAAACCUCAUACUGGCAAUGUCAAUGGAAAUAUUUCAAUUCAACAAGCAAUAGUUAACGAAUGGAUUGGUGGUAAACCAACCGGUAAUGACAGGAAAUCACUCAUUGAAGGAGUUUUUGGAAUAUUUGGAAAAGGACAACAGAAAGAGGAACAAAAAGAACAACCUAAGGGAGAAAAAAUUAAAUUGCUUAAACUCGAAGCGCAUCAACAUCAAAUCGUUAAUCCACUUCUUAAACAAACUUAUGGUGUGGUUAAUUUGAUCGAACCUGAUGGAUACUCCGUAAUUUCGGAUAUUGAUGACACGAUUAAACAAACUGAGAUUUUAGAAGGUGCGAGAACCGUCUUUUCUAAUACGUUUUUACAAAAAGCCAAAGAGAAUCCAGAUCGAAUUCUUCGUAUAUUUGUCAGGGACGUAACUACAGAACAUGUAAAAAAUCAACCGGCACAAUCACCACAUCAAUCUUAUGUGCAAACAUUCACAUCGACCUAUAAAUAUAUUAAAGAUUAUUAUUUAAGCUCGGAAGGAAAAGAAGAAGAUCCUGAUAAAGAACAUGAACAGGAAAAUGAUGAACCUGAACAGGAAAAUGAUGAACCUAAACACGAAAAUGAUGAACCUAAACACGAAGAUGAACAUGAUCCACAUAAGCCGAAACGUCAACAAAGCUUAUCUAAUCGUUUGAUGAAGAAGUUGCAUACAGAAAUGUCUUCGAUAUAUUCGUCAAUUAGUUCAAAUGUCCAACCUGAGCAUCAGCAUGAUUUGCCAUCUGAUGUAGAUAUUGAUUCACAUGAUAAGCCGGUUGAGAAACAAGAAAUGAAAACUCCGUUAGAAAUGUUUCAUGAGAGAUUAGACAAUCUAAAGAAGGGGAUACCAGAUGGUGUUUUUUCAACCUUUUUGGAUCCUAGUGAGAUAGAAAAUGAUCCUAUUAUUAAGAAUGCUUUAAAGUAUUAA